UAUAAAUUGGCUGUCAUCAUAGUCGGACUCUGUUGUUGUGUGUUGUGUAUCUCGCUGGACAACACGAUAGUUGCAACCGCCAUUCCGACAAUUGCCAAACACUUUCACACAUUCAAUGAUGCGGGUUGGUACGCGAGUGCUUACCUCCUCACCACCAGCGCGGUGACUCUGGUCUACGGCCGGCUGUAUACCUUCUUCCCUAUCAAGUGGGUCUAUCUGGGAGCGCUGUUUCUCUUCGAACUCGGAUCUCUCGUCUCGGGGGUCGCCCCAUCCUCUCCCUGUCUUAUCGUUGGGCGAGCUGUCUCUGGACUUGGAGGUGGCGGCCUCUUCUCUGGCUCACUCAUCAUUAUCUCUCGAUGCGUCCCGCUGCGCCGGCGCCCGAUCUUCUCGGGGCUCAUCAUGGGAAUGUACGGCAUUGGGAGUGUCAUCGCGCCUCCUCUCGGCGGAGCAUUCACCGACCACCUCACCUGGCGAUGGUGUUUCUAUAUCAAUCUCCCCCUCGGCGCCGUCACUGCGCUGGCAAUGUUCUUCACGUUUCUGGGUGGGGAACCCGUAGUCGAGGCAAGCUGGCAACAGAAGCUGCGGGGGCUGGAUCCGCCAGGCAUGCUCACUUUUCUGCCCGCCAUCGUCUGUCUCCUGUUAGCCCUACAAUGGGGGGGCACGACGUACCCCUGGGCAAACGGCCGCAUUAUCGCCUUAUUCGUCAUCUUCGGCGUCCUCCUGCUGUGCUUCAUCGCCCUUCAAGUCCGCGCAGGCGACCAGGCAAUGCUACCGCCUCGACUACUCCGCAGCCGCAACAUCUGGGGCUCCGCACUCUUUAGCUUCUGCCUCAACAGCGCCAUCUUCAUCUUCGUCUACUACCUCCCGAUCUGGUUCCAAUCCAUCAAGGGCGCAUCCGCCACCACAUCCGGAACCAUGAACCUCCCACUCACCCUCACCAACGCCAUCCUGGCCCUCCUCUCCGGCCUUCUCGUGACCGCCGUCCGCUACUACACCCCACUGAUGCUUCUCAGCGCGAUCCUGGCCUGCAUCAGCGCGGGCCUUCUGACGACCCUGCACCCAGACUCCCCCGCGUCCGCCUGGGCCGGCUACGAGGUCUUCUUCGGCCUAGCAGCCGGGCUGGGCAUCCAGCUGCCCGUCUUCGUCGCGCAGACCACCCUCGCGGACCACGAGGUUCCUACCGCCACGGCGCUGAUGGCCUUCGUGCAGGUGCUGGGGGCCGCGGUGUUUGUGUUUGUGGGCCAGAAUGUGUUUCAGAAUCAGCUCGUGCAGGGGCUGGUACGGGAUGCGGCGGCGGGGCUGGAUGUCCAGGCGGUUCUGGCGGCGGGGCCGGCGGGGUUGCGGGAGGGUGGCUACUCCGGGGACACGAUGGCGAUGCUGCUCGCGGUGUAUAAUGAUGCAGUGGUGAGGACGUUCUAUGUGGCGGUUGGGUUGGCGGUGGUCUCGGUGCUGGGGGCGGCGCUGGUUGAGUGGAGGCCU